GUUAUCUACUGGGAUUUCUUGUAACCGUCCUGAUGAUAAAUAGUAGCAAUGCUGCAAUGCACUGAGCCAUUAUUCUCGCAAAUAAAUGGGACAUAAAUUGGAUUGAUUUGAAGACCAACCGUUUCUGCAGCACGCCCUUUCUGUUGCUUCUUCCUCCUCCCUUAUAUAUUACCUUCAGCGUUUCCUCGUGCAAAGAAUUCCAAACAAAGAGCCCAAAUCAUUACGCUGCUGCUGCUUCUUCUGACGCAUCAUAAUACAGAGAAAGAAGCUCAUUGCAUUCUCAGGUUCAGAAAGAAGGAAAAGAGAUGGCUUCAGCUACUGCCUCAUUGCUCACAUGCUUCUUUGCUCUCGCACUCUUCAUGCUGCACAGCAACGCAGCAGCAGCAGCAGCAGCAGCACCCAGCCUAUACCAUAGCCAGUCAUCCAAGACAUGGUGUGUCGCAAAUCCAGCAGCCAGCGAGGAUGCUUUGAGGGCUAACCUGGAGUUCGCCUGCUCGGAGAGCGACUGCGCCGCCAUCCAGGGCACCGGCGGAUGCUCCUUCCCCGACGACGAUGGCAGCCUGCCGACGCGGGCGUCGGUCACCAUGAACGCUUACUACCAGGCCAGGGGGAGGAACUCAUGGAAUUGCUUCUUCAACGGCACUGGCCUCAUCACCAUCACUGAUCCCAGUUCUGGCAAUUGCAAGUAUGCCUGAGUUGAGAGUUUGCUCCAAGUUAGCCAGCCAAUCUCUGGAGCUUGACAAAUAAAGUUUUCAAGGGAUGUUUUGUUUGUCCAAGUGCCCCUAGAAAAUAUGGUGUUCUAUAUUUCAGUGUCAGAGUUGCUAGAAUUCAAGUCAUGUUUAGCCUCAAUGUUUGGGUAAUCUUUAGAGAGGAAUGCUUUAUACCGAGAUAAUAUUGUUCCAUAUCUUCAGUGCAGUUCUUCAAAGUUCAAAGAGUAUGAAUCCUAGGCAUGUCUUAAUUGUAUUUGCAUAGCACUAUAUGGUCCUGUGCUGCUGUGAACGAACAGUGGCCCAACUAUAAUAAAUAAACAUGAAGUUAUGCUCAAAUUAUUUCAGAUUAAACGAACCAGCUUGAAACUAUUCAAGUUACUGUAAA